UCUAUCAGCUGCUGAAUCUGACCGCUAUCAGCAGAUUUAGUUUAUCAGUAUGAUUAUUAUUAGUGCAGCGGCUCCACACCUACACUUUUAUCAUAUUCUUCUUUUAGCUUUUUUUCACUUUUAUAGCUUUAGUGCACUAUGGACACAAGGCACGUAACGUUAGUUAUCUUUACGGUCACCGCAGUGUUUUUGACUUUUUACCGCCACCUCCGAGCAGCCGACAUUCGGUUAGAAGCACCGGGGUGGGGCUGCUGGCUACCGGAGGGCACCCGAGGCUUCCCCGCGGCCUGAGGAAGGAGACCCGGGGUAGCGUGGGGUUAUACACCCGUCCUUCCCUCCUCCGUCGGGGAGAUCACCGGGGCUCUGUCUCCCCCGACGAGAUGGACGAGUCAUCGGCGCGGAGAGAGGGCAAUAGCGCGCCUGCAGCAUAAUGAUAAAAAUGGCGGUGUGGCUAGCUGCGCAGUUCAGUUGAACGGUUUGAGCGGAGCACAUGAUGGCGUCCGCAGCACCAGAGUCAGAUUUUCAGCCUCUGAAGCGGAGCAGCAGUUAUCAAUUGCUGCCACCUAAUCUGUCUGAGCUGAGGGUCGUUCUGCUGGGGAGCAGCUGGUCACAGAGGAGCUCAGUGGGGAACUUCAUCCUGAGGGAGAACAAGUUCAACACUGAAAAAGAACCAGGCGUCUGUCUGACAGCCUCAGGAGGAUAUAAGGAGAAACAGAUAGUUCUGAUCAACACUCCAGACCUGCUGCAUCCCAACAUCUCUGACAACGAACUGGCUCAACAUGUAAAGAACUGUGCAAGUCUCUCUCAUCCUGGACCUCAUGUGUUCCUGCUGGUUCUACACCGUGAAGACUUCACUGAGGAACUCAAAGAGAAGCUCUGCAGGGUCCUGAAACGCUUCAAUGAUCAAUCAUUGGAUCAUUCAUUGAUCCUGAUAACGACAUCUAGAGAGGAGCGUUCAGGCUUCAUGGACAAAGACCAGCCCUUUGAAGACAUGAUCCGAAUGAGUCAAUACAGAUAUUUGUGGCAGAAGAACCUCGGACGUCCAGAACUGUUCACACGUUUUACUCAAAUUGUAAAAGAAAACAAUGGAGAGCACGUUAGCUUCGAAGUUUAUGAGGAUGCAACAUCUGUUUUACCAGGUGAUCAUCAACGUCCAUUUUCUAUCACAGAUGCUGUUAAAGCUGCUGGGCUGCAUGGAGCUAAAACCAGUCCACAACUCUCCUUCCCAGAGAAAACCACAGAAACUCCCAGUGAUCAUCAACGUCCAUUUUCUAUCACAGAUGCUGUUAAAGCUGCUGGGCUGCAUGGAGCUAAAACCAGUCCACAACUCUACUUCUCAGAGAAAACCACAGAAACUCCCACUUCUGAAUUCAGGAUUGUUCUGCUGGGAAAAAGUGAAGACAAACAGACAAAACUCUGUAACUUCAUCAUCAAGAAAGGUUUUCAAAACACCAAAGACAAACAACGUGAGGUCACUUGUGGGGAAUGGAAAGGAAAACCAGUAACAGUAGUGAAAGGCCCAAACAUCUUCAGUCUGUCCAUGGAUGUUGUGAGAAGAGAAGUGAAGCGCUGUGCGACUCUUUGUUCACCUGGACCAAAUGUUCUGCUGCUGUUAGUGAAGCCUUCUGAUUUCACUGAGGAGAAAAGGAAGACACUGAAGUUAUUCCUAGGUUUUCUACAUCAAGAUGCCUUCAAACACUCAAUGGUCGUCCUCACACAUGAGGGUCAAAAGAGUUUUUCUGUUAAUGACCUCCUAAAGGAUUUUGGAGGAAGAUACUACAGCAUGUCUCAAGGUAACCAUAGAUCAUUAAUGGAGAAGAUGGAGAAUAUUGUGAGUGAAAACAGGGGAACCUUCCUCACCUUCAAUGAAGAGGUGAAACCAUCUCUGAACCUGGUUCUGUGUGGGAGGACAGGAGCAUGGAAGACUUCAGCAGCCAAGGCCAUUUUAGGUCAGACAGAGCUUCCCUCCAACUCCUCAGAGAGUGUUAAACAUCAGGGAGAGGUGUGCGGAUGGUGGGUCUCUGUGGUGGAGCUGCCUGCCUUGUAUGGAAGACUUCAGGAGGCCGUGAUGGAGGAAUCCCUCAGGUGUGUCUCCCUCUGUGGUCCUGAGGGCGUCCACGUCUUCAUUCAUGUCCUACCCGUGGGUCCCCUCACUGAUGAAGACAAGGGAGAGGUAGAGACCAUUCAGAACACGUUCAGCUCUCGGGUCAACUACUUCACCAUGAUUCUGUUCACUGUGGAGUCAGAUCCUAAAGCUCCAGCCUUUUCUGACUUUAUAAACAAAACAAAGGAGCUCCAGGAGCUCUGUCAGAGGUCUGGAGGAGAAUAUGUUCUCAACAUCAAGGACCAGCAGCAGAUCCCAGAGCUGUUUGAUUACGUGGAAAAGAUUUGGCGAUUAAAGGAAAGACCAAACAGCUACACAACAGAAAUAUUUGCACAUGCUCAAAUAAAAAAGAUCAGCUCACUACAAGCGGAGCUGGAGGACAAGAGAACAACAAGUCGUGUGCCCUGUGUGGAAGGCAAGCAGAGCCCGGAGGCUCUCAGGAUCGUGCUGAUAGGAAAGACUGGCAGUGGAAAGAGUUCCUCAGGAAACACCAUUCUAGGAAGGAAGGAGUUUGUAGCCAAAUUAAGCCAGACAUCCGUCACCAGAUGUUGUCAGAAAGCAGAGAGUGAAGUGGACGGACGUCCUGUCGCUGUGGUCGACACUCCUGGUCUGUUUGACACGACUUUGUCCAACACGGAGGUUAACGACGAGAUUGUGAAAUGCAUCAGUCUUCUGGCUCCUGGACCACAUGUCUUCCUGCUGGUGUUACACAUCGGUAGAUUAACAAAAGAGGAACAGGAGACCAUACAACUCAUCAAGGAAAGCUUUGGAAAAAAUGCUGAAAAGUUCAUCUUCAUCCUUUUCACCGGAGGAGAUAAUUUAAAGCGAGAAAAGAGGUCCAUUGAUGAGUACAUUGAAGAAGAUUGUCUGGAACAAUUCAAGAGAAUGAUUGAAACAUGUGGGAGAAGGUACCAUGUGUUUGACAACUGCGAUGAAGAAAACCAAAUGCAGGUCAGUGAGCUGAAAACCAAGAUUGAGGCAAUGUUAAAAAUAAAUGGAGGCAACUGCUACACGAACGAGAUGUUCCAGGAGGCCGAGGCUGCGAUAAAAAAGGAAGUAGAGAAAAUUCUGAAGGAAAAGGAGGAACAGAUGCAGAUAGAAAGGGAGGAAUUAAAAAAAAAACAUGAGGAAGAAAUAGAAGCAAUGAAUAGAAAAAUGGAAGAACAGAAAGCAGAAAUUGAAAAGGAGAGAAAACUGAGAACAAAUCAACUUGAAGAAAUGAAGGAAAAGAUCAACAACGAACGUAAGCAGAGAGAGAGAGAACAGGAGAUGAGAGAAGAGGACGACAGGAAGAGAAAACAAGAGGAAACCGAUCAACAGCUAAGCUGGAAACAAAAAGUUGAAGCUUUGGAGCAAAAAAUAAGAGAAGAGUCAGAAUCAAAGGAAACCAUUGACAAGAAGUUGAAGGAGAUGACAAAAGAGCGAGAGAACAAGGAGAAAAUACAAAAUGAAUAUUGGGAAAGACGACAUCAAGAAAAUGAACUGAUAAAACUGGAGCAGCAGACCAAACUGAAGAGGCUUCAAGAACAAUAUGAAAAGGAAAGAGAAGAUUAUGAAGAGAAAAGAAAGGAAGAAGAUCGUAUCAGAACGGAGCAAGAGGAGAAAAAGCAAAAAGAGUUUGAGGAAAACUUCAAGACAAAACUGGAGAACUUACAGAAGAAGUAUGAAGAGGAGGCCAGAAUUAAAGCUGAAGAGUUCAAUGAAUACAGAGAUAGGAAUGAAGUAGACUUUUCAGCUUUAGUAGACAGACACAUGGCAGAUGUGUUGAAUCUGAAACAUCAGCACGAAAAAGACUUCCAAGAGAAGCAAGAAGAAUACGACAGGUUGAAGGAUCUCACAAGCCACAAAGAAACAUCUCUAAAGCAAGAUAUGGAUAAACUACAGAACAAACAUACAACAGAAAUGUCAGAGCUGAUUCUGAUACUGCUGACCCAAAAGAAAGAAAACAAGAACAAAAUGAAGGCAAUGCAGGCGUCACACAAAACAGAAGCGGAUAACAUGAAAAAACAGCUUUUGGCCAAACACAAAACUAAAGAGAAGGAACAAAUUCAAUUACUAAAGAUAAAGGACAAUAAUGAAAUGAAAGCCACAAACAAGGAACCUUUAACCCAAAGAGAAGAACUGCAACAAAGAAAAGCUGAACUGUCUCUUCAACAUGAAGUACAAAUGAAACAGCUGAUAUGGGACUUGCUCACCCAAAUGCAUCGACAACAGAAGAACGAAAUGGCUGAAUUAGAGAAAAAACAUCAACAAAUAUUGGAUAAAUUCAAAGAGGAACUUUUGGAAGAAAACAAAAGAAAUGAGAAAGAAAAAAUAGAUGAACUGCAGAAGAGACACAAACAAGAAGUGUGGGAGUUGAAACAGCAAGUUGAGACCCAAGACAAAGAUGGUGAAGCUGAAGAAAUGGAGAAACUGCAAAAAAAGCAAGAACAAGAAAUUAAUGAGUUAAAAGAGAAACUUUUGAGCCCAGAAGAGGAACGGUCCUGCUGCAUUGCGUGAUUUGAUCGUUGCAGAAUGUGACGUAAAAGCAGCCUGAAACAGAGCGGCUCAUUGGUCCAGCUCACUGGUAGCAUGUUGCUACCUGAACGCCUCCGCUGGAUUCCUUCCUUUUUCCAGGCAGAUGAUACAGAUGUACAGUAUGAGCUUUGUAACCUAACACCGAUACUCAAUAAAUAGAUUAGACUAAUAGAUUUAAACUUGAUGUCGAGAGGGAUAUUCAAAUGUCAUAGAAGCCUGUUUAUUCCCAUCUGCUUUAAGCACAUUCAGCUUCUUAAAACGUUUUUCUGUUAUUUGCUUGCUUCUUAAGAAUAUAAACAAAUUGUCAUGAGGGGCAAAGGGGCAACCGUGGCGCAUGGAGUAGAGAGGGUGCGCCGGGAGCCGCAGGAUUGGCGUUUCGAACCGCGGCUGCUUCAUAUCCCACGUCAAAGUGUCCCUGGCGGCUCCCCGGGCGCCUUUACUGGCAGCACACUGCUCCCACUCUGUGGGAUGGGUUGAAAAAAAAUGUAAGCCGUGGGUUAAAAAUGCAAUUCAAGUCGCGUCCGCUAAAUGUCUAAUGUAGAAUAUUUGCUUUUUAAAGAAGUUAUUGGAGUACUUUUCCACAUGUUCAUUUAUCCAGAAGGUUUUCUCUUUCCUCAGUAACAGUAUUGAUGAGAGAGCAUUAAUGAAUGUUAAUGUGCAGUUUGACUUUUGUCAAAACGCCCAGGUGUCUCAAUCACAGCUGUAUGAAAUUUGAUCUAUAAUCUUUAUUUAAUUAUUAAUUAUUUUUUUGUAUUCAGUUUUUAGGAAUUUGGAUGUUUGUAAACUUAAUUAAGUCAUAAUAUAACAAUAUCUGGAAAUGUGUGAUCCUCUUGUUCAUAAAUAAACUGAAACAUGUGACGGCUGAGAACAAUUUC